GUGUGUGUGUGUCUAAAAAUGAUGUGUACGCAAUUGCGUACUUGCGUAUAGGCAGCUACGCGCCUGAAUGAAAACAUCUAUCAUAUAUAAGAAAAAUAUAUACGGUGUCUCUUACAAGGUACCGUAUUUUCAAGCAUUUCCUUGACCCAGACUAAUCAUGGAUACAAUGUAAACAAUAUGGCGAAUUCAGGGAGAUGUUCGUAUGUAGACGAUUAAUUUCUUUCACAUAAAAGAGAAAGUAAAGUGUCCAGGAUCAGGCUUCUGUUCACGUAGGGCGUGGCUCAACAAUGGUGCUCUAUCAAAACAUCAACGUGGGACAGCGAGUGGAGGUCAAGCUGGGUAACCUGGUAUUCCGAGGAGUGGUCAAAUACAAGGGGUCAGUCAUCAAUAGGCAGGGAGACUGGGUGGGCGUGGCACUGGAGCGAGCAAUGGGAGAGAAUGAUGGCAUGAUACUAGGUAGAAGAUACUUCCAAUGUCUUCCAAACCACGGGAUAUUUGUCAGAGCGAACAGCAUCAGAUUUAUUCCCCUGAUUAGAUGCUUAUACAAUAGAUACCACAAAGUGUCAGACAGAUCGUAUGUUGAAGAGCCACUUUUCAGCUCAACUGUCCCUAAGACGGAUCCAGCACUCAUCUCUAGUCAGUAUCAGGACAGGGUCAGAGACAGCUUCGCCUUUGACGAUUCUCUGUUCAGUGCUAAGCGAUUUCCAUUACGUCAUUCGGUCGGCAACCACAUCCCCGCUGCAACGAUGAAGCGCGCCAAAACUGCAAUGGCGUCGUUUCGUUACUUAACCAGUCCGAUCCACAGUGAAUACGACAUUGAGGAGGAAUUCAUCAGUACCCCCACUAUCCCCAAGACUCAUAUGCCGUACUCAGCUCUCAGCCGACAAGUGAGACGGGGCUGGGAGGGCACACACUACGUCCGCGAGAUGAGCGUGGGAACGGGACGAGACUCCAUCAAGUACUCCACGUGGAACGAUAUCUCACCGUGAUCACGUGACCAUAUAGCAAAUGGGCUCUCUAGAGUAGAGACGUAUGGCACAGGACGUCGUGUACAUGUCAACAUAUAACGACAUGUCAUGGUAACAAAAAUACACCAUAUAUCUAAAAAUAGGAAAUGUUUCUUGUGUAGUUACUGUAAAUAUACCUCAUAUGUUGGGAAGUACACGGCGCCCUGUACCUAUGUAGAGUUAGAUAAUUCUGUUAGUUCUUCGCAGACUGCUAUGAUGUAUAUAUACAGAUUAAGGAUGUUAUUUUAUACUUAUGAGACUAUUUAUUUGUAGUUACUAAUAGUCUAGUCGUUUAACAAUGCACAUCUGUGAUAGUACUGUGUACGUAAGCAUCAGGUGGGAUGACCUUUUAUAAGGAAUUUCAGUAUUCACAUCAUCAUUGUUUAGUGAAAAUGUAACUUCAGUCAGUUUAUUUCUAGUUAUGAGUGAUUUAUAGGAGGUGUGAUUUUAAAUUUAAGAGGUGAAGAAAAUUAAACAAAGGGAGAUGAAUUUAGAAGAAAACAAAUGAUCACAUGCUGUAUGUUUUAUUCUGUUUCUCACGUGUGAUUCUACAUAAUUCCUAAAUAGAAAUAAUUAAUUCCAGAAAUUUUGAUGUAUAGUAGUGUACUAGUGUUUAGUGCGACAUAGCGUCUUUCAUCUCCUCGCGUGCAAAAAGGACGGCGGAUCCAAGAUUUUUCAAGCCAGAGCUGAGGGCCUGGACAAUUCUCUGGUUAAGUAGCUCUGUAAUCAGUAAAAAGCGUGUUAAUUUCAUUGUUAGGCAUAUUAAAAAAUGUGUUGUAUUUUCACAUAUCUGUCUGAAGAGCCAUUAAAGGCAGUAAAUGAU